GGUGAGGUUUGAGGCGGUGAAGGUCGUCUGUCGUGAGUCGAGGAGACUUCUUUUCACCUGGGACAAACCUACACUCACCGACAGCUCGCUAGGACCCAGGAUGCCCAGCACCCGCUCUCAGGACCAAGCUCAGCUCACGCUGCAGUUUCCACGACGCAGAUCCUGCCGAGCGUCGUCCCGCGGCAAGACACCCAAACCCCAAAACGCUCCACCUUCGUCGCCAACCAAGCCAGAGCCCCAGCCGGCUCCCCUGACCCGGAUCGGACCCCUGUCCCCAAGUCGCCAAACGGACCUGCCUGUUUCUCUGACAUGGAGGUGCCUCGCUGAGCCUCCGCUGUCUCCAGAGCAGCCCGGCGCCCGUCUCACUCCUCUGUCCCGCAGACGCCCUGCAGGUCAGACACCACCUGCUCCUGGAACCCGACUCCCCCUCAGCCCACGGAAACGCACAGGUGAUGAGAACGGCUGCAACCUCGGCGCCCCCCUGCAGUGUUCCCCUCCCAAGAAGAACAAACCCACUCUGAACUCGCAGCGGAAACUGGGCUUUGACGAGAACUCGCCGGCCUCGCUCCACCCAACAUCAAACCCGCCUUCAACCGCCAAGCCGUCCCCGAGAAGGCCAGAAACCCCCACUGGAAGUCCAGUCUGCCAGGACCGGCUGAAGACGCCACCAGUUGCACGACUGUUUACAGAAAAGUCGGGGCUCCAGAGCGUGAAGCAGGUCCUGCACACCGCCGUACCCGAGCGUCUCUUGUGCAGGGAGGCUGAGCAGGCGCACAUUCGCUCCUUCCUGCAGGACAAGGUGCUGCAGCGUGCCCCUGGGUGCCUGUACAUCUCAGGAGCCCCGGGGACUGGGAAGACGGCCUGCCUGAACUGUGUGCUGCAGGACAUGAGGACUGAGCUGUCCUCGGUGCAGACUGUUAUGGUGAACUGCAUGAGUCUGCGGAGCUCCCACGCCAUUUUCCCCCUUCUGGCUGACAAGCUGAAAGCACCUGGCGGGCAGAACGGCCUGCAGAGGCUCCUGACAGCCCCCGGCUCCUCCGUGCUUCUCAUUCUGGAUGAAAUGGACCAGCUGGACAGCAGAGCUCAGGACGUCCUCUACACCAUCUUUGAAUGGCCGUACCUGCCCAAGUCUCGUCUGUGUCUCAUUGGUGUCGCCAACGCUCUGGACCUGACUGACCGGAUUCUGCCCAGGCUGCAGGCUCGGCCUCUCUGUCGCCCCCUGCUGCUGCACUUUCCUCCCUACAGUCGGCAGGAGCUCUCGUCCAUCAUACAGGACAGACUGGCACAGGUGUCGAGUGAAGGGAUCCUGGACGUGUCUGCGCUUCAGUUCUGUGUCAGAAAGGUAUCAGCGGUGUCUGGAGACGCCAGGAAAGCUCUGGACAUCUGCAGGAGAGCGGUGGAAGUGGCACAAGCUGACGAGAGGAAGAAAGCACUCGAUCCUGAACGUGAAACAAAACCGCCUCGGGUCGGCCUCCCGCAGGUGGCCCGCGUGCUGUCGGAGGUGUACGGCGACCGCAUGGCCUCUCAGAGCAGCAGCUCAGAGGGGGAGAGUUUCCCUCUGCAGCAGAAGCUGCUGGUCUGCUGCCUUCUGCUGCUCAUCCGCCACGGGAAGAGCAGAGAGAUCGGCCUGGGGAAGCUCCACGAGGUGUACAGUCGCCUGUGUGCUCAGAGGCAGGUGUCUGGAGUCGGUCAGGGGGAGUGUUUGUCUCUCUGCAGUCUGCUGGAGAGUCGAGGCGUCUUUGCUCUGAAGAAGGCCAGAGAGGCUCGUCUCACCAAGGUGUUUCUGAACAUCGAAGAGAAAGAUGUUGAAAAUGCUCUGAAGGACCGAGCGCUGCUGGGCAGCAUCCUCGCUGCAGGACUCCCCUCAUGAGCCACCGUUUAAAACUAAGAUUUCUCUUUGGCUCAGAGUUUGUACAGUUU